AUGUUUCAGGCGCAAUCGACGGCUUCGGCUAAGGCUUCAUCAAUUGUGACUACAGCAUCAUUGAUGGUACCAGAGAAGUCAACUUCAGUGAUGUCUCUAGCUGUGGCUCCAUCAAAGGGGAAGCAUUACAGAGGAGUAAGACAACAACCAUGGGGGAAAUUUGCGACGGAGAUCAGAGAUCCGGUGAAGAACGGUGCUAGAGUUUGGCUUGGUACGUUUGAGAUGGCUGAGGAUGCUGCAUUGGCUUACGAUCGUGCUGCUUAUAGGAUGCACGGAUCCAGAGCUCUGCUAAAUUUUCCGCUUCUGCUCAGCUCAAUCGAUAGUGGACCGAGACGACAACUGUGGCUAGGACUACCUUCAAAUAUGAAAAUUAGUGAUCGAGUCCUCAAACCCCUAGAAUUGAUGGUUAGAUACAACGUGGAAUCAAAUCCCCUAAAUCCACCAACUAUUCACAAUCAAACCACCAAGAGCUUCAAAGACAUAUCCACCACCCAUGUCCACUUCCCGGGCGUGCCACCAAUGCCAGCCUCAGACUUGCCCGAACGGGUACAGGAUCGAGAGGAACAGACCUAUCAUGACUUCUUAGAGAUUGGUUUAAACCUACGCAGAUCAAAGGGAAUUAUGGUGAACACCUUUAAGUGUCUUGAGUCUAGAUCGAUCAAAGCCAUCACUGAUGGGCUUUGCGUACCAGAUGCUCCAACCCCACCUGUUUACUGCGUCGGACCAUUGAUAGCCGCCCCUAAGAAUGAGGGUGAAGCUGUAAGUCAGUGCAUGUCAUGGCUUGAUGGGCAACCGAGUCAAAGCGUCGUAUUCCUGAGUUUUGGAAGCCGAGGUGUGUUUUCGACAGCGCAGGUUAGGGAGAUCGCUAUUGGGUUGGAGAAGAGUGGGCAGAGGUUUUUGUGGGUUGUGCGGAAGCCGGUCUCUGAGGACAAUAGCAAACACUUCACGGUGGAAAAUAAAGACCCAGAUCUGCAGGCCCUGUUACCAGAAGGCUUCUUGGAGCGGAACAAGGAAAGGGGACUUGUGGUGAAAUCGUGGGCACCACAAGUUGAAGUGCUGGGUCAUGAAUCGGUGGGUGGGUUCGUGACUCAUUGUGGGUGGAACUCGAUAUUGGAAGCAGUGUCCUCAGGGGUGCCUAUGGUGGCAUGGCCUCUCUAUGCCGAGCAACGUAUGAAUAAGGUGUUUUUGGUGGAAGGGAUGAAGUUGGCAAUGCCGAUGGAGGAAUCGGAAGAUGGGUUAGUGAGUGCGGCGGAGGUCGAGAAGAGGGUGACAGAUUUGAUGGAAUCGGAAGAAGGGAGAGUGCUUAGAGAACGGAGUCGGAAGAUGAAGGAAGAGGCCAUGGCCGUGUGGUCCGAUUCUGGAUCUUCUAUGGCUGCUUUCACCAAGCUGGUUGACUCACUAAUCAAUCAGUAA